AUGUUCCUGUUCUCCGAUGCGGAACAAAGUUUUCAGGAUUACCUCUCGCUCGUCGCAACGACGGCUUUCUCGUUGGGACUCUAUCAGGUGCCGGUUGUUGCGGGAAUGGUUCGCGAUUUCCAAUUUGGCAAAAAUUUAUCUAACACUACGCCCAAUACUAUCUGCUUGAUCUCAUCUCGACUCACACAAACACCCAGCGAGACGCUAAGAGAUUCAUUCGCUACCAUACGGUUUGGCCUAGAAGCGAUGGGUAAAGGAGCCGAAGGCUUGAAGCCGCCAACAACGUGUGAGCGCGACGCAAAUCCGAAAGCUGUCGAUGUUUGGCCCACCAUUCAAGCUCCAAUACUUUAUAAACAAAUCUGCUCUGGUGGCACAUCUCGACUUUUCUUUAAUUCGGUUUGCGCGAGAGAAGGAGUUGACUAUGAUUUGAUUAAUAAACGGCCUGAUGGAGCGAGAUAUGUUGGAAAUCUGACCUACGAGACUUUACGAAUCGAUGAGGGAUUGAUUUACUGGCCGGGCGGGGAAAGGAAACUACUUGAGAUCACUUUGCCGAGAGAGUUGAGAGUAGCGACAACCGAUGAUCCACCAUUUGUGUACACCCUGAAAGUCUUAAAUGGGUCGAUGUGUGAGAAAAUGACAAGAGAAGAGGACGGCCCAUGGUACCCUUGCCCAAAAGCACUGCCAAAUGGUCAAAAAGAGCAUUACUGUUGUGCUGGUUAUGCGAUCGAUUUACUCUCGAACAUGUCACUUCCCGAGGAGGGAAGCUCUCUAGACACAUCUUUCUUUUUCUCACUUCAUCUGAAUGAUUCGUAUGGAAUGGUGACAGCUGAUCCGAUUGAUGGAGUCAUACUAACGGGAGCUUUGGGAGAACUCGUCACUGAUCUUGCUGAUAUGGCUGUUGGUGGUAUGACGAUCAACCCGGAACGUGAGCGUUUCAUCGAUUUCUCCGAACCGUGGCUCUAUCACGGGAUUCGAGUGAUGGAGAAAUCGAUCCCAAAAGAUUCGCCGAUGGAAUCCUUUCUGCAACCGAUGAAGAACUCGCUCUGGGGCGCGCUUCUCAUCUCGGUGAUCCUCGUCGGAUGCGUCAUAUUUGUCCUCGAUUUCAAGAGCCCCUUUGAUCGAUUUUAUAAAGUGGAUACAUCAACGCUUGAUCCGAGAGAUCCAUUUCUGCAAAGAGCGCCCGACGAUCGGGUCGAUUUCGGUGAAGCGAUGUGGUUUGUUUGGGGAGUGUUGCUCAAUUCGGGAGUCUCCGAAAAGACGCCUCGUUCCUGUUCGGCGCGGGUUCUCGGGAUUGUUUGGUGCGGUUUCUGUAUGAUCAUCGUUGCUUCCUAUACAGCCAACUUGGCCGCUUUCCUUGUUUUAGAUCAACCGGAAAAGGGCCUAACUGGAAUCACUGAUCCAAGACUCCGAAACCCAUCGACAAACUUCUCGGCGGCUACAGUGCUGAAUUCGAACGUCUAUCAAUACUUUAAGCGUCACGUGGAGUUGUCGACAAUGUUCCGAAAAAUGGAGAAACACAAUGUGGAUAAGCCGAGCGAUGCAAUCAAGGCUUUGUUGAAUGGUACACUGGAUGCGUUCAUCUGGGACUCAAGCCGAUUGGAGUUUGAGGCGUCGAGGUAUUGCUCGUUGAGCCCGUGGACCCAGCACAUCACAGCCGCGAUUUUGCGAAUGACUGAGAGUGGACAAAUGGAGAAUCUUGGCAACAAAUGGAUCUCUUCGCCGACUUCUUGUCCGGUCGAGGUUCAAAAGACGCCGGCUAGAUUGGGUUUAACAAAUAUGCGAGAUGUGUUUGUUUUGGUUUCGGUCGGCGUUUUGAUCGGCAUUUUCUUUAGCUUUAUUGAAGUGAUUUACGGGAGAAAAAAGGCUGCGUAUGGGCGAAAAAUGGAGAUUGCGAAACGCUACGUGGCGAAAUGGCAGAGAAUCACCAAAAACCGAAAUCAUCGAUACCCAAAACGAUAUUCUUUGUUUCGGCCGGUGAUCCGAAAAGGAUUCGCUGGUAAAGAAGCUUUACCGUUAGAUGAAUGCCGGCGAAGGAUGAUCGCCAAACGGUCACGAAUCCCGCCAGUCGAUGUGCAUCUCGACACCGACUUUGCGCCAGUCUAUCGUUUUGGGAGACGCCCGGUGAUCACGUUUUGUAGUCGAUGUCGAGUAAGUGAAUUCAUGAUCGAAGUGAUCAUCGUACGC